AUGGCUAAAGUGGCUCUGUUGUUGUUUUUAGUGGCGAUUCUGAUAGGAGUCUCCUGGCAGACCUUGGAGGAGGAUAUAAACGUUCAAAUAAAUAAUUCAAAUGGCACCGAAAAAAGUUUAUCCAGAAAAAGGCGAUAUCUUGUUUUCCCGAGUGGAAGUUCCCUGCAACUGGUAUACUGUUUGACGGUGCCUUCUGUCGGAAUGGGCCAGAUCUUUACCCUGGGACACACCGCGGCUUUGGCUUGGGAAUUGCCAGACAAGAUAGAGUCAAAAGUCGUUCAAUUGAUAGCAAAUGAUUUGGAUCAAACUAACGACCAGUUGAAAGAAAUAUGCAUACCUAAAUCUAAUAUCAGAUAUGCUGUUAAUUACAACAAUAGACGGAACAACGCGAAAGCACCCAUCACCACUCAUAUUCAUCCUGUCUACCAUCAACAUUAUCGAAGAACCAGAAGAGACUUGUACAGAAAAAUAGAAAAACUUUUCACAGCACUAAGUAAGGAUGGAAAAUCUUGUUUAUUGAAAGCUGUCUGUGAAGUAAGUCAGGUAGCCCAAAGGAAAGGAAGUUUUAUGGAAGAAAUUGUAAAGGCAGUAUUCAGAGUUAAACCUCAUGUCAACUAUCCCGAUGAAGACGAAUAUGAUGCAGCUGCAAACAAAAGCCACAAUUGUACAGAAAAGUACCCCACUUGUGAUGGUUCAAUAUGGAGUAGUAUGUUGGGUUAUUGA